CAAUUAGCCGAGUAGCAUUGGACGUGAGGCUAGGCUGUCUUGACGAGGGGAAAGAUCCUCCAGCCGAGACGCAAGCCCUGAUCGAAGCCGUGCUGACGUUCUUCAAGCACGUGGGGCCCCUCGAGCUGAAAAUCCCCUUCUGGAAGUUGUGGCCGACGCCGGCCUGGAAACGAUACAUCGGCGCCCUCGACGUCAUCCUGGCGACGACGAGCAAGUACACGCGCGAGGCCCUCGAGCGAGCCCAGCGAUGCCCCAAGCCCGAGGGCAGCGACGACCUAUCCUUGCUCGAGCGGGUCCUCAGACAGGAGGGCGACGCUCAUCUCGCCACCGUCUUGGCCUUUGACCUCUUCCUCGUGGGCAUCGACACGACGUCAAACUCGGUCGGAUCGGUCCUCUACCAACUGGCCCUGCACCCCGAGAAGCAGCAGCUGCUCCACGAGGAGCUCAACCGGGUCCUGCCCGAAGGGGGCGGACCACUGGAGCCGCGACACCUCGACCAGCUCAAGUACCUCAAGGCCUGUGUUCGCGAGACUCAAAGGAUGUACCCGGUGGUCAUCGGCAACGGCAGAUGCACUCAGAAGGACACCGUCAUCUGCGGCUACCAAGUCCCCAAGGGCGUACACGUCGUCUUCCAACAUUGGGUCAUCAGCAACAGCGAGAGAUACUUUCCCAAAGCCUCGAGCUUCAUACCCGAGCGAUGGAUCGGCCAGGGCAGCACCGAAGCGCCACCCGCGAGACAUGCCUUCGCCUCGUUGCCCUUCGGCUAUGGACGGCGCAUGU